AUGGGGCUCGUCCUAUGCAGGAGAGGGUCGAAGUUACAAGUGCUCGACCUCAUGACCGGCGACCGGUCUGCCCUAUUAACCAAAGAUGUCAAGCUACCUGUGACUCUCAAAGUCGAGCUGGCUAUUGAUUCCACCGGCGUGGACCGCCUCCGCUUCCACCUGUUUGCGCUAUCCACAGAUGUUGGCCAUACAAGAUUGUCUGCCUCUGUUUACUCGUCCGAUUCAGGUGCUUGGACCCAUUCCGUGGAUACUUUGGUUUUUGGAUGUACUAUUGCGUUCAUACGGUCCCUUAGCACCCUUGUUGGUGAUGCAUUCUACUGGUUCCACGAGGAUGUCGGAAUCCUUCGUUAUGAUUUGGGAACACAGGCCCUUGCCAUCAUCGACGUACCAUGGAACGAAGAAAGAGGCUAUGAAUACCAUUGCAGCUAUCUGUUCAUGACGAAGGAUGGCCUCCUUUGUAUUGUCAUGUUAGAUGAAUAUGGACACACCAUCCAAUUCUGGGUGUGGGAUACAGUUCUUAGCAGUGCUGCAAAAUGGGUGCUGCGCAAAACUGUUCUGCUGGACACUCCCUUCCCACUAGAACUGCAGUUGUAUUGGCCGGCGUUGAGAAUAGUGUGGUUUGAGGAGGAGAACUAUGUGAUCUUCCUAUAG